AUGACCGUCAGAGAGACAGACAAGCUGUUUCACCAUGUGCCCACCUCUGUGUCACCUUCCUAUUGCUGGCUCACACCUGGAUCUUCUCACUCCACUACCUGUUCUCCCACCUGCCUCUCCAACCAAUCCCCUUUUGCUGAAAACCAUACAGCCAAGAGCGCUACCGCAGCCCCUUCUGCGGCAUCUGUGCCUGCUGCGGCAAAGACUCCUGCCAAGGGCGAUUCCAAAGCCUCUGCGGCCCCGCCGGUGCGCCUGGUGGCCCCGGGGCAGCUCUUCCACAUUCUGCGCAAACCCCCCGCCUCCCUGCAGGAGCAGUUUAAGCUGCCACCCCCUCCCACCAAGCGGCAGAAGCACGAGGAGGAGAAGCUGUUUGUGGCGGAAGAGAAAGACAUGGACGAGCGAGGGAUGUUUGACGCCGAGAAGCAGAAUGGAGAUACUAAUACAAGCACUGCUAACGGUGAAGCUGCUAAAGGUGAAGCCGCUAAAGCCGAAGGUGCCGCCGCAGCAGCCGUGCCUGGACCCGCCGUGUCACAUGUGGUGGUGCGUGGAGCUGACCCAAAUCCCCGAUUCUUGCGCAUCAUUCUUAGCGACGCCCUGUUGGCUGACCAUAGCUGCAAGCUGUAUGGGAAGGGAAUAAUCGAUGCGAUGCAAUUGUGCGCUUAA